GAAGACGCUGCAGGAGAGGAGUUCCAGGAGCAGGUGUCUCACCUGUGCAGUCAGCAGAGUCAGGCACUGGAGCUCAUUAAAAAUAAACGCAAAGACCCGCGUUUCGCGCACCUUAUACAGGAAUGUGAAGCCAGCCCUCACUGCCGCCGACUACAAUUAAAGGACCUUCUAGUGUCUGAGAUGCAGAGACUCACCAAAUACCCCUUGCUGCUGGAUAACAUCAUCAGACACACAGAAGCUGGUUCUCCAGACCUGCAGCCAUUGCUGAGGGCACAGGCGUGCUGCCGUGGGAUACUACGAGCUGUCAAUGAGGUCGUCAGGGAGACGGAGCACCGGCGACAGCUCAGCCGUUAUCAGCGCAGGCUAGACUUGUCCCCUCUGGAGAGGCAGGCCAGUCCUGUCGCUGCUCAGUUCAAGAAUCUGGACCUGACCACUAAAAAACUGAUCCACGAAGGACGGUUGACUUGGAAAGUUAACAAAGAUAAAGCUAUAGACAUUCAUGCUCUGCUUCUCUCAGACAUGUUGGUGCUACUCCAAAGGGGUUCAGGUGACCGUUUGAUCUUGCGAUGUCCAGCGCGCUCACUGGGUGGGGUUUGGGGUAGGAACACGGACCUCAAAACCCCCUUUUGCCCCGUUGUUCGCUUGGAUUCAUCUCUUGUCAGAUCUGUGGCUACAGAUAACAAGGCCUUGUAUGUGAUCAGUACAUCAGAGAGACAGAUAUACGAGCUGGUGGCUGGGACUUCCUCUGAGAAAAACACAUGGAAGAACCUGUUAGAAAAGACCAUCUCCUCGGCCUCUGGAGGCAGUGAAGCCACCAAGCAAGGAUCAACAGCUAUCCCAACUGACCAAUCAGAAGCCUACAUGCAUACUGGUGGGCAGGGUUAUGUGGGAGGACGAGCUAAAAUGGCUGAUGCUGCUCUUCAAGAUGUCAGGACACUAAGACUGUUGAUCCUUGGAUCCUUGGAUCCUUUAGAGGCUGCCAGUCAGAAGCAGAAAGUGACAUCAUUGUCCUCACAGCAAGAAGGGCAGGAGAUGCCUUGCCAGUCACCAAAAGGCCGUUCACACCUGGAGAUGCUGAGGCAUGAAACGAGGCCCUGCCAAUCACGAGCAAGCAUACGGCAGCGCAUGAUAAAAAAUGUGGAUGGAAUCUUUCAAUCAAUGAAGGGGCUGAUGAAAAACCUGCAUCAGCUUAGGGAGAUUGAAGCACUGUAGACUGCUCACAAUGGUGAGAAAAAAGUCACCUGUCAGUCAGUUCAGAUGACACCAUCCAU